CCUAACGGGGAAGGAGUUUCCCGGGCGAAAAUUUUCCGUUUGUAUAAACCCUAAUUUCUUCGACGAAAUUGAGCUAAAAUCUCCUUCUCAAUAUUACAGUUUCGUUCACAUCAACCUUAGAAGGUCAUCAAUCAUUCAAUUUUGAAGCAAAAAUGUUAUGAAUAUUGCCUGCUUUCGAGUUUCACACUCCAUACGGAGAAGUUGCGGUCGCUCCGGAAUACCUCAGUUGAUGGUUGGAUACAACAUUUCUGAUAAGCAACAAAGUGGAUUCAUUCUUUGUUCAUCGUCUCCAAAGGGUUAUUGUAAAUUAUCUGAUGGGUUAGAAUCAGAAUCACGGGGAAUUAAUUCAACUGUAGUGAAUUUGGCUAAUCGUGUUGAACAAAGUGUUAAGCUUAAUAAUACUUCCAAGGGUCGAGUGAUGCUUAUUGAUGGGACUUAUAUGAUUUAUAGAGCGUAUCACAAAAUCCUAGCGAGGUUGGAUAGGGACUGUUACUGGAAUGCUGAUGGGAAUGGAGAUUGGGUCUAUACAAUAUCUCGGGCUUUAUCUCUUAUUCUUGAUGUGCUUGAAUUGGGCCCUUCGCAUGUUGCGGUAGUGUUUGAUCAUGAUGGUACCAACUUUCGUCACAUUUUAUAUCCAUCAUACAAAGGCCACCGUAAUGCUACACCAGAUACAGUAAUUCAGGGGCUUCAGUACUUUAAACUAUCACUCAGAGCUAUGUCAAUUCCAGUAAUUCAGGUACCAGGUGUUGAAGCUGAUGAUGUAAUAGGAACUUUGUCCGUUAAUAGUGUUGCCGAUGGUUUCAAGGUACGUGUUGUCUCCCCUGACAGAGAUUUCUUUCAGCUUAUUUCACCUGCAGUACGGCUUCUACGAAUUGCUUCGCGUGGAUCAGAGAUGGUCUCUUUUGGAGUCGAGGAAUUUGCAGAAAGAUAUGGGGACCUGAAGCCAUCUCAGUUUAUUGAUAUGGUAUCUCUAACGGGUGACAAAACUGAUAAUAUUCCAGAAGUUAACGGUAUUGAAGAUGCAGAUGCUCUGAAGUUAAUUAUUAAAUUUGGUAGUUUGGAGAACUUGCUUAAAUGUGUUGAUCAAGUAGAGGAGGAAUGCAUUAAAAAGGCAUUGGUCUCAAAUGCUGAUAAGGCAAUCUUAAACAAGAAUCUGCUGAUGCUGCGAUCCGAUCUUCCAUUCCAUAAGGUUCCAUUCAGGACAAGUGAUCUCCUGUUCAGGAAACCCAAGGGUGAUGGUGAGAAAUUCAGGAAUCUCUUGACAGCUAUAAGUGCAUAUGCCGAAGAACAUUCUGCUGAGCACCUGAUUAGAAGAGCAGACAAUCUAUGGAAACAGCACACCACAGCUUCGCACAAACAAUAAAAUACAAUUCCUUCAUUUAACGCCAUCCAUAACAUCAUCCAUUCACUUAUCUUCCUCCGCAAAGCCAUACUUGCUGUGGGCAUAAGCAGUUGCUGGGAAGCUAGUUCAAGCUGGCAGAUCAUCUGUGACGUACAGAGUAUGAACUCCACUUUGUAGAUUAUUAAGUCAUACAAACAUCUAAUAGUUCAAAGCUUACUCUAGAGAAACCAGAAUACAUGUAAUCUUUACAUGGGAUUCCCGUGAAAAUAGAAUUAUUGUUCAGAAGCUACUGUGUUUUGGCGUUGGGUACUUUGACUUUUCCAGUUAGGCCAAAAAAAAAUAAGCAAAAAAUGAAAAACUGAAAAUAUCACUUUUCCUGGAAUGGAGGGAGUACAUUAUAGCGGGUCCCACUUAUACAGGUUCCGGUAAUUGUACAUGUCAACAUGCUUACAAUUUCA